GUUAAGAAUUAUUAUCUAACGCCAAAGAAACAACAAUGCAUUCAUCAAUAUUUCCAAUUCAAUCAAAAACCAAUAUCGACAGCGCGUUCAAUUGGCUCAAAGCUGCAAAUGUUAUAAACAAGAGAUUUUCAUCGAUAUCGUACAGCAUGUUAAACGAUAACGCCGACAUCAUUUGCCUCCUUUUUAACCAACAUGGUUGUGACAGAAAUGGUAUCAUACGAAAGUUCUACCACGUAUACGAGAACUCAAAAUACGUUAACGUUCCGAUAGAAGUAUUAUACGUUCCUCUGGACGAUACAGAAUCCGACUUUCGCAGAUCAUUUAAAAAUCAAGCGAACUGGUUUUCGUUAAAAUUUAAUGACCCCUUAAUUCAUGUACUAAAGUUUAUGUAUGAAGUAACCUGUGUACCUCAAUUGAGAAUAAUAAAUGUUGAUUGUGCAUUAAUUUCUAGAGAUGGCAUUGGAGAUUUAGAACAAUAUGGCCAGAAUGCUGUGAUUACCUGGUUACCUACGGCUGCUUCUUCAAAAAAGCAUAGAAAUUUCAAUAAUGAUAGCUAUAUGUAUGGAGGUCAAUGGGAUUACAUAGAUAUACAUACAGCUAGUCCUGUUGUCAGAAAAUCAAAAGUAAGGGAAUGGUCGGUUCCAGAAGCCGACGACAGACAGAGCAGUCGGAGAACUAGCAGAUCUUCUAAAUCAGCGAAUUCGACCAGGUCACAUAGUGAUGAUGGUAGCGACAGAAGGAAGCCAUUCUAUGAAAUUGGAAAUUGAUUCGGAACAGCUAUUGUUUGGGUUCCUUUCUUGAGAUCGAAUGCCGUUUAAUAUAACAUUAAUUGCUCGAAAACUUGCUCGAUUGUCCAUUUGGCCUAUGAACCGUGAGUUCUAAGAUUUGCCACAUCGAUGCAUCAAAAUCUCGAAAGAACAUUUCCUCUAACGAUCAACAGCCAAAAAAGGGAUUUCUCGAAAAAUUUAGUUAUAAGUCGUAUUUUGUAUUUUUUUUAUAUUUCAAGGUGUGAACAAGAGCCUCCGUCUCCUUUUUUGAAUGUCAUGGUAGUAAAAC